UUCAGAAAUCAAAGAGUGGAGUCAAAAAUCCUUGUAAAUAUUUAAUGUCUUUCUUUUUCUGGGCCGGUGCGGUGGGCGGAGUCUGAGGUGUGUCGCGGUUACGUGAUUGGCCGACUAGUGGUUUAGCCGGAUGCCAGACGCUGCUCGCUGGCUCGAUUAAACCCAGCCUUGUGUUCUAUGGCAAACCAGGCCUGCCCCCGCCCACCCACCUCCUCCUCACCGCCCUGGCCUGUAAUUCUAACUAUUCUAAGAGGCGGCACCACGUAAGGCACCUUUUUGCCCCGACAAUUAAAGAGUAACUUACAUUCUUAGAGACACGGUGGUCGGGCGGGUGACGCGGCGGGUGGGGUGCGGCCUCCGAGUCGCCGCUGGUAAUGAUAGAGUCAAUCGCGUCUCCGGGCCGGUGUGCGAAGUCGGCGAGAGGGAAAAAUGCAUUUUUUUCAUACUCAUUUUUCAGCAGAGUAAGAUUCCCUGGUCGGAGAGGGAGCGGCAGGGCUGGAGAAGGCCGGGGCGGAGGGCGGGUGUGUGUGGUGGGCGGGGGAGCCACGCACUCAGGAAACGGACGCCGCGGGAAAAAAUGGUGGUGGGUGUCGGCGAGCGAGUGUAGGUGUUCGGACGAGUUUUGGGUUCACCGCGCGGUUGGCCGUUGGGAGGCGGGUAGUCCUCAGCGGGGCAGCCCUCCCGAGCCCUCUCCCCGCCAGUCAGUCAUCCUCACCCCGCCACACCAGCCAGACCGCUACACCGCUCCGGCCACACCACCCACCGGGCCCCCCAAACCCUCCCGCGUGUCCCACUGUCGCGCCGCCACCACUGUGUCGCUGGGGCGUCCCACGGACCCUCCGACGCCGCCGCCCGCAGGAGUGUGACUUACUGGUGUGUUUCAGGAAAUAGAGCGAGUGGUGUGUCCGAGACUGGCUGAAGGUGCCCGCGGCGAUGCGCCCCGCGGCCGCCGCUGCCCGAUAACUCUGUGGUAUUAACGCGCCGCGCCUCGCCUCAUGACACUGUAGAUGAAAGUGUUUGCUGACGGACCGUCGUCAAAGUGACAAAGCACAGCCGCCCGCGACAUCCACGCCCUCAGGAGAGGCCCACGCCGCCUUGAGAGCAGCGAGGCGUGUCCUGAGCGACCCGAGUGUCACCUGAAGGGAAGCGCUCCUUCCUGAGACGUCCGCCGACUUCCGGCUGUCUUGUACUUCCUUCCGCGCCGGCGACACCACAGAACUCCCGCGUAGCGAGGCACACAUCCGCACCAGUGUCGUCAGCGCCUCUCACACAAGAGUUGCGUGUCGCACCGUCGCCGCCGCCGGCAGGGUUUUUGUCACGAGUUUGCGCCACGACAAGGAGCACGGACAGGCAGAAAGCGGUGCCUGACCAGCCUCGUCAGCGGCCAGCCCUCAUCCCACGUGGCCGCCCCCAGUGUGUGUAUUAUGUAAGGCCGCCCGCCGGCCAGCCAGUGUGACUCCAGGCGGCACUCAGCUGCUGCCGCCAAACGCACAGGCGGCGGCCGUCGCUUGCAGGACCCGCGGACACUCCUGACGCUGCAGGACUGAGGUGGGCGCCAGGCAGUGCCGGCGGACGGGGCAGUAGCGGGCACAGGCGGGCAGCGGCCGACACCGCCGGCGCCGUGGCUCCCCAUGCUGGCGCCUCCGACCCGCGCGCCCCGAUGACGGUAGCGUGGCGCAGCGCUGGUGACAUGGCGACGGAGGUGGGUGGCAUGGGCGGCAUGAGCGGCGGGGGCGAACACCCGGGCGAGUUGAUAAAAACGGGCGCCCCCAACAUCCUGUGCACGGCGCUGCCCACCCACUGGCGCUCCAACAAGUCGCUGCCCAUGUCCUUCAAGGUGGUGGCGCUGGACGACGUCAAGGACGGCACCAUCGUCACCAUCAGGGCCGGCAACGACGAGAACUUCUGCGGCGAGCUGCGCAACAACUCGGCCGUCAUGAAAAACCAGGUGGCCAAGUUCAACGACCUGCGCUUCGUCGGCAGGUCGGGCAGAGGCAAAAGCUUCAACCUGUCCAUCAUCAUCAGCGGCGCGCCCACCCAGAUCACCACGCUCACCAAAGCCAUCAAGGUGACAGUGGACGGCCCUCGCGAACCACGGAACAAGUCACGUGAGUGGAUUGUGGGUCAUCCAGGCUGGGGCUUCCCUCUCGGCUACCACCCGUGGCUGGACUCCCACCUCUCGGCCCUCGGCUACAAUUUGGGACUCACUGCCUUCAACCCCCUCGCCCACACCAAGGCUCUCGAGCUGGCUAGAGUGGGCGGCAAUGGGUGGCUGGACGCCUGGCGGGGAGCAUCGGGGCUCGUGGGCGGUCUUACUAUGGGCGUGGGCGGCUCCCAUAUCCCCGGCACCGCCCUCAGCAGUCUCUCCGCCCACUCCCUGCCAUCCCUACCCGGCCACAAUCCCGCCCACUCCCACGCCCUCGCCAGCAUAACCAACACGGAGAGUACGAGACAACUGUUGACAGGUGACUCCAGGUGUUUAAGGUGUCGUGGGUGUGAGUCAGGCGGCGCGUGUUCCACCCUGCUCCACCACGCCACGCCCACGCCUCCCUCCUCCUCCCCGGGGCCAGUGUCGUGCUCCCCCUCCACCUCCACCAACAGCAGCACCAGCAACAACAACAGCAUCAACAACAACAACAACAGCAACCACAACAACAACAAUAACAACAACAACAGCACCACCACCUCGAGUACCUCUACCACAACCACCACGACUAACGGAAGUGGAAGUGGGGGAAGCGGUAGUGGAGGAGGGGAGGGAGCUGGAGGAGGAGGAGGAGGUGGAGGAGGUGGAGUGGUGAGCUUGCGGCCGCCCCCGUUAGCGCCUCUUGGUGGACUAAGCGCCUUUUCCAUUCCUAAGACUCUCGGUGGACUUAAGACAACCUUCCAGUCUCGUGAGUCCUCCUUUCAGCCCGUCAAGCCUUCCAGUGACAGAAGUCCAGAGGUGAAGGUCUGGAGGCCGUACUGAAGGAGCCAUGUCCCCUCUUCUCUCCUCACGCCCUCCCCGCUCUUCUCCCCUCAUGAGCCUCUCCCCACCUCCGCCAUUCCAAGUUCGCGUUCAUGAAGGACUCGUAUGCAAAGAGCCGAGAUGUGUACCUGUGUGCGUGUGUGUGUGUGUGUGUGAGUGUAUGUUCGUUGCGCUCAGUGACGUACGUACGUACAUACAUGCAGGCAUACGCACAUACGUGAAAAAUAAAACUUGAUGACUUUUCCACACAUUUGUGAACGGAAAAAUAGGAAAAUAAAAUGAUGGAAAGAGGGAAAAAAAUGUGAAUCAAUGAAGAGGAUUAAAAAAAAAGAAAGGGAAAAAGACACAGUGUUUGAUCUCAUUUCCGAACACAAACUGACUCACGGGAAAGAAAGAAAGAAAGAAAAAAGAAAAGAAAAGAAAGAAAAGUUUCGAAAUGUGUUCAGAGUGAGACAAAAAGGGAAAGAAAAAUGUGGAGAGAGAGAGAGAGAGAAAAAAAAAAGAGGGAGAGAGAGAGAGAGAGAGAGAGAGAGACGGGGAGAGGGAGGGAGAGUAGAGAUUACGGAAGGACAUGAUUGGUUGGUUCAUACGGAGCCUCUGAGGUCAAGUAAGGUCACAUGAUGUGUGUGUGUGUGUGUGUGUGUGUGUGUGUGUGUGUGUGUGUGUGUGUGUGUGUGUGUGUGUGUGUGUGUGUGUGUAUGUCCUGACCAGUGACCUCCCGCCAUGAUCGUGUGUGUACUAAAGCGUGUACACGUGUAAAGGACACCCAUGUACGUAGCUGUGUGUGCGUGUGCGUCUUCGCGUGCGUGUGGGUUGUGUGCGUACGAUGAACCAGCCCCCCGCCCCCCCCUCCGCGGAAUUCAAAGGCAAAAAAAAAUUAUGUGACUUGAAAUUCCUAAACAUUGCCAAAGAAAAUUACAAAGAUAAUGGAAAAUAUCUUAGAAAAUAAGUGAUGAAAUUAAUAGUUUUUUUUUUCUGAAAAUGUGGUACAAAUUUACAAGAGUAUCUAUGGAGCAACAACAACAGCAGCAGCAGCAGCAGCAGCAGCCAAGCCACCACCACCACUACCAAAGUCCCAAUCGUUGUUGUUACAGAAAGACACGAAAAAUGACUUAACUGACUGACUGACUGACUGACUGACUGACUGACUAACUGACUGAAUGACUGACGGAAUGACAGAGCGACAGACUGACAGGCAAACGAAGUACAAGCAAAGGACUAAUACAACUUGACAGAAGAGAAUACACAUAGACAGACAGACACACAGACACACACAGACACAUAGACAAACAGACACACAGACAGGCAAAUGAGGAAGUCAGUAAAUAAAGUAUUUAUGUUCAAAAUCUAUAUAUUCGUAAAAGCACAGAACCACAAAAUAAAAUAACAGUGAAACAAAACGUAGAGGAAAAAAGAAAGGAAACUAGAAGCAAACUCAAUUUUGUGUACAGAGAGAGAGAGAGAGAGAGAGAGAGAGAGAGAGAGAGAGAGAGAGAGAGAGAGAGAGAGAGAGAGAGAGAGAGAGAGAGAGAGAGACUGA